AACCUUUAGAACUCUGAGACACAAUAUUCUGUUACAUUGUAGCAAAAUGGCGACUGUCAUUCACAACCCCCUGAAAGCUCUUGGGGACCAGUUCUACAAAGAAGCCAUAGAGCAUUGCCGCAGCUACAAUUCCCGUCUCUGUGCUGAGCGCAGCGUGCGUCUUCCUUUCCUGGACUCACAGACUGGUGUUGCUCAGAAUAACUGUUACAUAUGGAUGGAAAAGAGGCAUCGAGGACCAGGACUAGCUCCCGGGCAGCUGUAUACAUACCCUGCUCGGUGCUGGCGUAAGAAGAGACGUUUGCAUCCCCCUGAAGACUCCAGGCUGAAGUUGCUGGAAAUUAAACCAG